GCUCGCUCGGCGCUCGGCUGGGGCGGCCUGGCCCACAAUGAAUGGCCGCCGCGGCUGCCGCUGCUGCUGAAGCGGAGGCCGCGGAGGCCGCGGAGGCGGACGCCGAGGCCCCGGCGCAGGGGGGCGCUCCCCGGGCCCAGGCCCGGCCCCAGCCGCCGCUGCGGAGCUCGCCGGGAGCCCCCGGAGCGCGGCCACGGCGCAGCCGCCGCCGCCAUGGCCCAGACCUUGCAGAUGGAGAUCCCGAACUUCGGCAACAGCAUUCUGGAGUGCCUCAACGAGCAGCGGCUGCAGGGCCUGUACUGUGAUGUCUCGGUGGUGGUCAAGGGCCAUGCCUUCAAGGCCCACCGGGCCGUGCUGGCCGCCAGCAGCUCCUACUUCCGGGACCUGUUCAACAGCAGCCGGAGUGCGGUGGUGGAGCUGCCGGCGGCUGUGCAGCCCCAGUCCUUCCAGCAGAUCCUCAGCUUCUGCUACACGGGCCGGCUGAGCAUGAACAUGGGCGACCAGUUCCUGCUCAUGUACACAGCGGGCUUCCUGCAGAUCCAGGAGAUCAUGGAGAAGGGCACAGAGUUCUUCCUCAAGGUGAGCUCCCCCAGCUGUGACUCCCAGGGCCUGCACGCCGAGGAGGCCCCCUCGUCCGAGCCCCAGAGCCCUGUGGCGCAGACGUCGAGCUGGCCGGCCUGCGGCACCCCACUGCCCCUCGUGUCUCGCGUCAAGACAGAGCAGCAGGAGUCGGACUCUGUGCAGUGCACGCCCGUGGCCAAGCGGCUGUGGGACAGCAGCCAGAAGGAGGCCGGCAGUGGCAGCAGUGGCAACGGCAGCCGCAAGAUGGCCAAGUUCUCCACGCCGGACCUGGCCGCUAACCGGCCGCCCCAGCAGGCCCCGGUGGUGGCGGCAGCACAGCCCACCGGAGUGGCGGGGGGGCCCGGGGCCGGGCAGCCGGCAGGGGGCGUGGCAGCAGCGGCAGGCGGAGUGGUGAGUGGGCCCAGCACGUCGGAGCGGACCAGCCCGGGCACCUCAAGCGCUUACACCAGUGACAGCCCCGGCUCUUACCACGAGGAGGAUGAGGAGGAGGACGCGGGCGAGGAGGGCACAGACGAGCAGUACCGGCAGAUCUGCAAUAUGUACACCAUGUACAGCAUGAUGAACGUCGGCCAGACCGCCGAGAAGGUGGAGGCCCUCCCUGAGCAGGUGGCCCCCGAGUCCCGGAACCGCAUCCGAGUGCGGCAAGACCUGGCGUCUCUCCCUGCUGAGCUCAUCAACCAGAUCGGCAACCGCUGCCACCCCAAGCUCUACGAUGAGGGUGACCCCUCUGAGAAGCUGGAGCUGGUAACAGGCACCAACGUGUAUAUCACCAGGGCGCAGCUCAUGAACUGCCACGUCAGCGCGGGCACGCGGCACAAGGUCCUACUGCGGCGCCUCCUGGCCUCCUUCUUUGACCGGAACACGCUGGCCAAUAGCUGUGGCACUGGCAUCCGCUCUUCCAGUAACAACCCCAGCCGCAAACCGCUGGAUAGCCGCGUCCUGCACGCUGUCAAGUACUACUGCCAGAACUUUGCUCCCAACUUCAAGGAGAGCGAGAUGAACGCCAUCGCAGCCGACAUGUGCACCAAUGCCCGCCGCGUUGUGAGGAAGAGCUGGAUCCCCAAGGUCAAGCCGCUUAUGGCCGAGGGUGACGCGUACACCACCUUCAUCAGCUACACGGGCAAGAUAGAGCCGGACAUGAUGGGUGUGGAGCACGGCUUCGAGACGGCCAGCCAUGACGGCGAGGCCGGCCCCUCGGCUGAGGAGGCCCUCCAGUAACCCCCACCGGACCCUCCCGCGGGGCUGUCACACUCCCCCUCCUGUCACACCCGCCCACCAUCUUGGUCACGAGCUACUGUCUGUCCUUCCCCAGGACCCGCGGGGGGCACUGCAUGCUCCUGGCCCCUCUGCCUCCCCGUCCCACCCCCUGACCCCAAUCCGAUCAGGGAUCCGGGCUGGGAGAGGACGGCAGGUGGUGCGAGGUCUGCGUUGCCUUCUCUAGCACACACUCGUGCACAGUCGGGGGGCUCUUGCUCCCCCUCUCCUAACCCCUAGCAACUGUCUCCCCACUCACCAGGCCAGGCACAGGGAGGGGCUGGCCUGGGGGGCUUGGGAAGACCCCCUUCCCAGGCGCUGGGUCACCUAGCCGGAGCAUUCCUCAGCCUCCGCCCCCCACUGCAGCCCCUUGGGGACUCACAGGGGCCCCGGGUUCUCAGGACCCCUCCCGCCACCACCUCCCAGUGCUUCCACGUUUCCAAAAGCGCCUUCCUGUCUCCCUUGUCUGUCCCUGCGCCUGGGGGCUGGGGUAGGCGAGGCCGUGAGGACUGCCCGUUUUACAGCUGAGGAAACUGAGGCUCAGAGAAACUCCAUGACCGACCUAAGGUGGCGGGCGGUGGCAGGCCCAGCGCCCUUCUCUUCCCCCACCUGUGCUCAGCCUCUCUUGCCGCCACCAGCCCCCUGGGGCCUGAGAGGGGCAAGUCCUGAGAGGGGGCCCUUGGGGGCAGACCGAGGGUCUCUGAGAAUAGGAGAGGUUUCCGGGGCUCACAGAAGCGUGUGGGUGUGCGUGUGUGUGCGUGUGCGCGUGCGUGUGUAGAAGUUUUGCUUUUAAACAGAUAAAGACGUGAGAGGCAGUAGGACCAGGGGUGGAACCCAGGGGAGCAGGCUGGGGGGUGCUGCUGCCUUUCCCUCCUUUCCCCAACCCCCACCCCCCACGGCAGGGCUCCCAGCCCCCACCCCCUGUACAUACUUUUUAAAACAUUUUUUUAGCUAAUGAAAUAUUGAAGUAUAAGAUUCCUUUUAUUUUUCAAACCAACGGGACCGUGUCUGAUGUCCCCUUCGGUCCUCGGGGCUGUGGAAGGCAGGACGGAGUGGGGAGCCAGGGGCAGGCUGAAUGUGCGCGUGUGUGUGGAGUGGGGGCGCGCGUUGCCGAGGGGGGGGCCCCCCAGGCCCUGCUCUGCCUGGGCUCCCGUGGGUCUGGCCGGCUCACACUCAACCCCAGGGCCUCCCCCCAAGGGCUACAUUGCAAGGGUGUCCCUGGUUUGUCCGGUUGGCUGAGUCCAGCUCCUGGCAGGGCCAGGUCCGCUUCAUGGUUAAAGAUUGUUUGCAGAAUCUUCUUUUACCAUUCCUCUCUUUCUAUCCUUGGCCUAGCUCCACGAGUGGUUUUGUGUUUUUUUUUUUGAGUUCUACAUGUAAACUCGGAGGGUUCUUUUUGUUUUUUUAACUCUCCCCCCCCCCCGCACCCCUCCCCACACAUGCUGGGUGUCCGUUUCUUUGCAAUUUCACAUUUUUGUCUCUAGCCCUGGUUCUCACCGCCUCUGUCUCCCCCGCAGUCUGACUAGCCCGUUGCUCCCAGCAGCCUCUCUCUUUCCAAAGGCAAGGGGAUUACAGGAGGUGGGGUGGUGGCCAGCUGGACCACUGGGAUCUGACCUGGAGGCCUGCCCGCCCCCCCCAGAAGCCCCUGCCAGCCUGCGGGGAGCGGGUCCUUCCUGACAUCUGCUUGCUGCCAGGGGCCGGGGGGUGGGGGUGGGAGUGGGGGUGGGGUCAGACCAGCGGGGCCCUGGCGCUCUGCUUUCCUGGCCCAGCCCCAGUACCUUAGCCCUCAGCCGGUCCGAGUGCGUGGGGGGGGAGUCGACAGCCCCAGCUAAAGCACAAGCACCUUAGUCGCACCUCCCCUGCCCCCUCAUCCUGGCCUCGACACCCCACCCCAGCGUAGAUCCCAAAGCACAAUAUCCUGGCACUCGGCAAGCUGCCGGGCCGACCAAGGCCGGGGGUGGGCUGGGGCUCCAGCCAGACCCCAAAGGAAGCAGGAGUCCCCGGGCGCUCCCCUCCUUCCAGGCCUCAGCGGGGGCCAGCUCUCUGGGACUGGGGUCUUCUCCCUCCCCACCCCCUUGUCCUGGGCAGGCCCCUGUCCAGCCCCUCCUCGCCUUGUCCUCGGGUGGGGCUUGCCCCGUCCCUCCUCCGAGCCCCUGCAGCACUGGGUUGGGUGGCAGAGCCCUCUUGUUUCAGGGACUCCAGGAGGUGCCCCUGGCUCCCUGGACUGUGUGUAUAGGUCUGGGGAUGGGGCGGGGGAGAGGGGCUGGGCAGGGGCGUAGGGGAGGAAACUCCUCACCAGGAGAGCCAAAGACAGGGUUGUGCCUUACCCCAGGAGCCACCCCUGCGCCCUCCCGCCGUGCCCUCCCCGUUCUUGGGCGGCCUGCUGCUUUUCCUGCUUUCCCUUCCCCUGGCCCUGCCCUGCCCUGAGCUGCAUGGACCCCACAACCCCCCCACCCCCCGGGGCAGCCAGGAAGGAACAUGAAUGGAGGAUCACCGACCAACGCAAAAAAGACUAUGGGGGCCCCCCUCCACCUCCCCCGGCCGCCCAUUCACCCACGUCUCUUUCACGCAGGACAGACCACCCGCCCUGUCCGCGUGGAGUGCCAACACCCUCCCUGCCCUGGGCCGAGCCCCUCCUCCCCGGGCCCAUAAGUGAGAUUGCACAUUAACUACUGUAAGAAGAGGAGCCGCACUGGGAAAUGUGAACCAUGAGAAUAUCAGUGAUACUGAUGAGGAGAAUAAACUAAACGCCUUUGUAACAGCC